AUGCACGACAAGAUCAUCGCACAGUCCAUAUGGAUGUCCAAGAUUCAGGGCUUCUUUGCGUGGAACGCUGGAAAGCAAAAUACAGAGACUGAUGAGUGGGAAAAGUAUGACGGGCUAAGCGGUAAUCAAAUGCUGUUGUUCCAGGCUAUGGAUGCAUUUCUAGGCAUCGAACAGUAUCUCUCCGAUCGAGAACUGGAGUUGAGUGUACCAAGAAGACAGAGGGAGCUAUGCCAUGCGUUGAGAAGGCAUUCCUUUAGAGGAAGUCUAUAUAAGAUGGAGGACGAUGGUUAUGUGGCUGAGAUCUUGCGUAGUUUUGACAUGAUUCUGAAGCAACUAAGGGCCUGA